AUGGCUCAGUCAGAUAUCUUCACCGUCCAGAGUGGCCUGGAGGCCCUGCAAGCUGACCUGGCUGACGUCAAAGCCCGCUACUGUGUCUGUGACGACGGCAAUGGAGGAGGGUCAGGACAUGGAAGCCACAAACCCACCACUAAUCGCAUUCGCUCCUCGGCAGCUGUGGCCUUCAGUGCGAGGGUGUUCAGCACACAGGAAUCCGCGAGCCUCACGAAGGAAGUGGUUCCCUUCAACAUGGCGGAGCUGGACACCAACAACGCCUUCAACGAGACCUCGUCCACCUUCACGGUCCCAGAGGACGGCCUCUACGACAUCGCUCUCACUCUCACCGGAGACGCCUACUCUGCAAAUAACAGUUCGACCAGUCAAAACAGUGGUGCGCAAACGAGUUUCGAGGCGACUUUGAAAGUGAACCACGUGACCAAAGCCGCCAUGCUGGUGCGCCACGACCAGACGAGCUCUCUCACAGUGAACCUGAAGCUGGUCAAAGGUCAACAGCUCAGAGUGGAGGCCACUUCCGCUUCUGGAGCUUCCGUCCGGACUGAAAGGUUCAGCUCUUUCUCCGGGACCUUGCUCAACUGAGUGGGCCCAGGAGUGUGUUCCGCGAGAUAGUUAGCUCUUCUUCUAUUGCAGAUACAUUAUAGAAAGCGAACGUCCUCGAAAGCCGAUGAUAACAUUUUAUAAUUAAUCAAUGAGCGUUUGAUACUGAAUUGUUUUAAAGGAGAUGAUGUUUUCUGUGUACUUAGAAAGAUGAGGCAAUGAAGGUAAUAAAUUUCAGAAAGGAAACACUU